AUGUCGCGCCAAAUCAACCAGCCGUCGAAUCAAAUCAAGCUGACCAACGUGUCGCUUGUGCGCCUAAAAAAGGGCAAAAAGCGCUUCGAGAUUGCCUGCUACAAGAACAAGGUUCUCGAGUGGCGCUCCGGCAUCGAAACGGACCUCGACAACGUGCUACAGAUCCCCAACGUCUUCCUCAACGUCUCCAAGGGCCAGACGGCGCCCAAGGAGGACCUGGAGAAGGCCUUCGGCAAGAAGAUGACGACAGACGACAUCAUCCUCGAGAUCCUAAAAAAGGGCGAGCAGCAGGUCGGCGAGAAAGAGCGCGCGGCGCAGCUCGAGCGCAUCAACAACGAGGUCAUAAGCAUCGUGGCGAGCAAGCUCGUCGAUCCCCGGACGAAGCGGGUGUACACCUCGGGCAUGAUCGAGAAGGCGUUGGACAUGCUCAGCUCGCAGGCGCACUCAUCUACAGAGAGCAAGGACAAGAGCAGCGCGGCGGGGACGCCGGCGACCGGCGAGGACGGCGAGGCCAAGCCGCGGCCCAAGGAGAAGGAGCACAGCUGGACGGGCGUCUCGACGACCAAGAGCGCCAAGAGCCAGGCGCUCGAGGCCAUGAAGGCGCUGAUCGCACACCAGCCCAUCCCCGUGGCCCGCGCCCGCAUGCGGCUGCGCAUCAGCUGCGGCACCGGCGUGCUGAAGCAGGCGGCCAAGCAGGCGGCGCCCAAGGACGACGGCGAGCAGCAGAAAGGUACGGUCAAGGACAAGAUCCUGAGCUACGUGGAGCAGGUCGAGACGCAGGACGUCAUGGGCGCCGAGUGGGAGGUGGUGGGCUUUGUCGAGCCCGGGGCUUUCAAGCCACUGAGCGACUUCAUCGCAAACGAGACAAAGGGACAAGGACGGGUGGAAGUGCUAGACAUGGCGGUGACGCAUGACGAGUAG